GAAAUGCUGGUGCUUAUAACUGAGUAGAAGGCUAGUAUUUAUAAUAGUACCGAGAGGAGCAGCUUUAAUCUUCCUCCGGUGUGGGAAUGAAAGAACGUAGUACAACUGUACAAACCUUUUCAAAACACCAUCCGUAUUCCUUUGCUAUCUACUGCGUAUGUAGUAACUAUUUUUUUUGUUCCAAAAAAAAUUAAUUACUUUGGAACAAUAGUAAUUAAUUUUUUUGCUCCAUUAAUUUCCCCAAGCCACCGUUCAUCCCAUCCACUGGCCACCGCUGUUCGCUGCUACUGCCGACCGCGCCCUGCGCUUUUCCAUCCCCGCACUACUUAGCCAGAAAUCAGUACCUCGUGUUCUAUUUGGAAGGAGGGUUAAAAGAAACUAGCAAAGCUAUUCAGAAAAUGGUAAGAAAAAUAAACAAUAAUGAGUCAACAAUGUUGGAGAAAAGAAACUGGUGCCAUUCGUCAGUCUUUAAUUCAUAUGCUUUAAAAUGGCUGUGAUUUAAGAGAUAGCUUUCUGGUUUGAGUGGUGAGAGAAGGCGCAAUUUCAGAUUCCAGCACCGCCUUUUCGCAAGUAUGGAGAAUACAAAUGUCCACACCUCUGGAAUGAUGUGGUUUUUCAAAGACAGAGGGUUUGAUGACAAGAGUAUCCACUUAAUGUUCCAAAAGUGCAGGCGUCUUGAGGACGCACGAAGUGAAAAUGCCUCGGAAAAUUGGGAUUACUUGAAAAGCAUAGGCGUUAUGGAGAGGAGACUUCCUUUCAUCAUCCGAAAGUGCCCCAAAAUCCUCACUCUCGGUUUGCACGACAAACUGAUGCCUAUGGUUCAAUGUCUUACCACAUUAGGAACAAAGCCCAACGAUGUAGCUUCUGCCAUUACCAAAUUCCCUCACAUACUCUCCCAUAGUGUUGAAGAAAAGCUCUGCCCUCUGCUGGCCUUCUUUGAAGCUCUUGGUAUUACUGACAAACAGCUCGGUAAGAUGAUUCUCCUAAACCCCAGAAUCCUAAGCUACAGCAUUGAAUCAAAGCUCUCACUGAUUGUGGAUUUUCUUGCCAAUCUGGGCCUGUCCAAGGAAGUCAUGAUCGGUAAAGUCCUGGUGAAAUACCCGUUUAUAAUGGGUUAUAAUGUCGAAAACAGGCUGCGACCCACAUCUGACUUCUUGAAGUCAUUGGGCCUGACGGAGAUUGAUCUGCAAAGGGUGGUUCUCAAUUUCCCGGCAAUUUUGUGCAGAGAUGUGGAUAAGACCUUGAAGCACAACCUGUCUUACUUGAGAUCCUGUGGAUUUGAACUUUCACAGAUUGCAGGUAUGGUCACCCAUUACCCUCCUUUGCUGAUUAAGAGUAUCAACAACUCUCUCAAACCGCGGAUUAGGUUUUUGGUGGAUGUGAUGGGAAGAGGAAUUGAUGAAGUUGCUGAUUAUCCAGACUACUUCAGGCAUGGGUUGAAGAGGACCUUAGAAUUGCGGCAAAAGCUUUUGAUGGAGAAGAAGAUAGAGUGUAGCCUGAGUGAGAUGCUGGACUGUAAUGAGAAGAAAUUCAUGUCUAGGUUUGCUUUAGUGUAGUCUAGUAAAAGACCUGCUCCAUGCUAUAUUACACUCUCAUUACUUCUUUCUUGCUUUGCUUACCUCUGAUUUGGUUUAAUGACCAGCUAAGUAUUAAAUUUGUACUUUGAGUUUUUGCGCCAAUUUAUGGGUAGCCAAAAUUUCGGAAAUGAGUGCCACUGUGCCAGUAUGAAAAAGAGGAUCAAGGUAAA